AUGCCAUCUCUAGAGGCGUUGUUAGAAUUUUUAACAACUAGAGCUCACACAUUGGAAUUAGUAGAGGGAUCGAAGAAUAAGCAAGAGCAUGCGAAGUAUACAGCACUCAAAAAAGUCGGCAAAAAAGUAAACGUGGCAGCUACAUUACCAUCGUGCGUAUUUUGCGAAGGUCAACAUCAUGUAUCGAAAUGUGAGAAGUUUCAGAAGUUGUCAGUUUCAGAAAAGAGGGAAGAAGUAAGAAAGCGACAGUUAUGUUUUAAUUGUUUGCGUAAAGGUCAUUAUAUUCAAGCGUGUAUAGCCUCUACUUGCAAGGUAUGUUCGAAAAAGCAUAACACGAUUUUGCAUAUGGAUCAAGGAGAGCAGAUAGAAAACAAGACCACAACAGGGAUGAACAGCAAAGACAAAUCCAACACAACAGGUUUAUCAAAGGAAUUAAGGGCUAAUACAGAAGCAUCGGGUAAAGAAGCAGCAGUGAUAGUGCAUACAACGCGACUUACCGAAUCUAUAGUUUUCAUAGCUACAGCUAAAAUAUACGUCAUGGACUAUGAAGGAAAUUGGAGAGUCUGUCGAGCCAUGCUGGAUCCAGGCUCACAAAGUAAUAUCAUCACCAAGGACUUAGCAAGAAAAUUAAAGUUAAAGGGAAACAGAGUUGAGGUGCCAAUUAGCGGUAUAAGUCAAACGCAAAUUACAGCGAAAGAAUCAACUAGCAUACGAAUCAAGUCGAUGCAUAAUGAGUUUUCGGCAGAAUUAGAUUGUUUAAUAAUGCCAUCCAUAACGGAAAGGUUACCACACAUCAAGGUUAAUACGCAUAACUGGGAUAUUCCAGAAGAAUUGAAUUUAGCAGAUCCAAGUUUUAAUUUACCAGGAACAAUAGACAUCCUUCUAGAAAGCAGCCACUUUUGGACAUUAAUGAGUGCUGGACAAAGAGAACUCAACGAUUCCUUGCCUAGGCUGCAAGAGACGCAGCUAGGUUGGAUAGUAGGAGGUGAACUAAUAAAUCCGAGAGCAUUGAGCAACAAACGAGUUUGUAAUAUAGCAGCUAUAAAUCUAAACGAGCAGUUAAUAAAAUUCUGGAGCAUUGAGGAAUCCCCGAUUCAGCAACGGGAGAAUUUAUAUACGCCACAGGAGCAAUUAGCAGAAGAUCUGUUCUUGCAUACUGUGCGAAGAGAUCAGGAUGGCAGAUACAUAGUGCGUAUGCCAAGAGACGAGUCCAUCAAGCUAGGCAAUUCGGAGAGCAUAGCAAUCAAAAGAUUCUUAGCGAUAGAAAGAAAGCUAAAUCAGCAACCGAAGUUGAAAGCAGACUAUCAUAAAUUUGUAAAGGAGUAUGAAGAAUUAGGACAUAUGUCCAUAGUCCAACCACCAUAUUCCAUGCCAGAAAAGGAGUACUAUUACCUCCCGCAUCAACCAGUAAUCAAGAUAACAAGCUUAACAACAAAACUACGUGUAGUUUUCGAUGGAUCUUCUAAGUCAUCAACCGGCACAUCUUUAAAUCAGAAAUUGUUAAGCGGAGCCAACCUUCAGAGAGAUUUAUGGGAAAUUAUGAUUAGAUUCAGAGCACACCAGUAUGUGAUGACGGCAGAUAUUAAAAUGAUGUUCAGGCAAAUUUGGAUAGCCGAAGAAGAUAGAGAUCUUCAGAGGAUUGUUUGGAGAUAUGACGCCACGGAUCCGAUUCAGGUAUACUCAUUGAAUACCGUGACAUAUGGAACUACAUGUGCACCAUUUUUAGCCAUGCGUUGUUUAAGACAUCUAGCAACGCAGCCGGAGGCAAUGACGCGAAAGGCAGCAGCAGCAGCAUUACUUCAAGACUUUUAUAUGGACGACGUGUUAACAGGCAGUCACACAUUAAAACAAGCAAUCAAAUUAAGGAAUGAGCUAUCAGAACUACUUGGAGCAGCAAGAUUUCCUCUCAGGAAGUGGAGAGCGAGUGAUACAAGAAUAUUACAAGGUCUUUCUCAAGAGAUCGAAGAAGAUUCACUAUUGGUUUUAGAUGAUGCAGUGCCUUCGAAGACGCUAGGUUUGCUAUGGGACUCAUCUAAAGAUCAGUUACAAUAUUCAGUAAGUCUGACGGACAGCAAUCAAAAUACGAAACGCAGUAUUCUGUCGCAAAUUGCGAGGAUAUACGAUCCAUUAGGAUUAAUAGGGCCUGUGUUGAUCGUAGCCAAAAUAAUUAUGCAAAAUUUAUGGAAACUAGAUGUAGGUUGGGAUGAUCCGGUUCCGCCAGCUUUUUACGAAGCAUGGUCUAAUUACUAUGCUUCGCUUGAAACGCUUAACCAAUUCCGGAUAUCCAGAAACUUCAACCCACAAAACAGCAAGCAAUCAUUCACGCUCCAUGGGUUUGGAGACGCCUCGGAAAAGGCGUAUGGCGCUAGCAUCUACUGCGUCUAUGAAACGAAGCAAGGAGAACGCAAAUCAUACCUCAUGUGUUCCAAAGCAAAGGUAGCACCUCUAAAAACGAUCUCGCUACCUAAACUAGAACUAUGUGCAGCACUUAUAUUAGCUCGAUUGCUAGCAGCAGUAAUAAAGGCUAUGAAGCAUACAAUCAAAGAUGUCCAUCUGUGGAGUGACUCCACUAUAGUGCUGUGUUGGCUAGAUACACUUCCUCACAAAUUAAAGACAUAUUACGCAAAUCGAGUCACAGAAAUACAUGAACUUAUACCAGAAGCCAAGUGGCAUCAUGUGCCUUCAGCCCAGAACCCUGCCGACAUGUUGUCAAGAGGAACUACAGUCGAUCAGUUGAGAUCAAAUAGCUUGUGGUGGCAUGGCCCUACAUGGCUCGCACACGAAGAUCAAUGGCCUAAGCCAAUCGCAAAUGUACCAACUGCUAAAAUAGAACUACGGAAAGAAAAUGUAUUUGUAGCAGCAGAGUCUCGACAGGAUGUUCUUCAGAGAUAUUCUUCCUUCAGCAAACUCAAGAGAAUUAUAGCAUAUUGUCUACGAUUUAGGGAUAUUCUGUCAAAUCAACGCAAUUUUAAUGCUUUAAAUCCCGAGGAACUUAACAGAGCAGAACUGAUUAUCAGCCGCAUGGUGCAAGCGGAACGGUUCCCGCGAGAAGCAUGUUCAUUACAGCAAGGAAAAGAAGUACCUGCUAAUAGUCAAUUAGCUGCACUCAACCCCUUUUUGGAUGAAGCAGGAGUCAUCAGAGUAAGGGGCAGAUUAAAACACGCAGACCUUCCAUACAAUCAGAGGCAUCCGAUUGUUCUACCAGCGAGACAUCACAUCACGGAGAUCUUAUUAAGACAAGAGCAUAUUAAAUUACACCACUGUGGGCCUCAGCAGCUGUUAGCAGACAUCAGGACGCGAUAUUGGCCUCUUUCGGGAAGACGAGAAGCUAGAAAGAUUGUGAGACGAUGUAUAUCGUGCUUUAGAUACCGACCAAGCAUUCCCAAAUUGAAGAUGGCAGAUUUACCAGCAUUUAGAGUUACCACCGAUAUCAGACCAUUUAACGUUUGUGGAAUUGACUUCGCGGGUCCAUUUAGCCUUCGAGAAAGCAAGAGAAGAGGUAACCUUCCUAUCAGCAAAGCCUACGUAGCAGUUUUCGUUUGCUUUAAAACGAAAGCUGUACAUCUUGAAUUAGUUAGCAGCCUAUCAACUGAGGACUUCAUGUCCGCCUUUCGACGCUUUUGUGCAAGAAGGGGAACGUGCUCUCAUGUGUACUCGGACAAUGGCACUAACCUGGUAGGUGCUGCAAACGAGCUUAAGGAAAUCUAUGAGUUUCUCAAGACGCAGGAGUCUUGCAUCGCGACAAGAUUGGCAACGCAGAAUAUAAAGUGGCACUUCAUACCUCCCCGAUCGCCACAUUUCGGAGGACUUUGGGAGACUGCCGUUAAAAGCGUCAAACGCCAUUUAUGA